CCGCCCCGGUGUGGUGCCGUGCUCUCCGGCGUCGGCGCGUCCGUGUGCGGCUCUGGGAGCGAUGUCGGGCGGCCUCCUCAAGGCGCUGCGCAGCGACUCCUACGUGGAGCUGAGCCAGUACCGGGACCAGCACUUCCGGGGUGAUAAUGAAGAACAAGAAAAAUUACUGAAGAAAAGCUGUACACUGUAUGUUGGGAAUCUUUCCUUCUACACAACUGAAGAACAAAUCUAUGAACUUUUCAGUAAAAGUGGUGACAUAAAGAAAAUUAUUAUGGGUCUGGAUAAAGUGAAGAAGACAGCAUGUGGAUUUUGUUUUGUGGAAUAUUAUUCAAGAGCAGAUGCAGAAAAUGCCAUGCGGUAUAUAAAUGGAACUCGUCUGGAUGACCGGAUCAUUCGCACAGACUGGGAUGCAGGCUUUAAGGAGGGCAGGCAGUACGGACGUGGACGCUCUGGGGGCCAGGUACGAGAUGAGUAUCGGCAGGACUAUGAUGCUGGGAGAGGAGGAUAUGGAAAACUGGCACAAAACCAGUGAGCAGUAAGAGCCCCAUCAGUGAGAAACUCUUGCGUGCUGAAGAAUGCUACCCAAGGUCUGCGAGUCGGCUGCUGUUGGGAAACUUCCAUCAGUAUCUGCGCAGCUUCAAGCCCCUUGGCUUCCCUCUGAAAAUUAUUGAAGGACAACCCUGAAGAAUACCUUUAAUUCGUCUUCAAAUCUUGACCAUAUGUCAGGUUACCAGAAUGAUUUUCUGUUAACCAGGUCAGAAAUUGUGUUCCUUGGCAAGAGAGUUAAUGUUGAUUAAUCUGUUAGCCAAAACACCACACUUCUUUUAGGUAGACUGGAAAAUUAAAGUGUUGGCUUUACCAUGUUUGCAUCAAAGCAGGUUCACUAUUCAUGUUGGAGCCUAGAUUGAUUACUUUUUAUUGUUAAGUCUGCAUGUUUAAUAAAUCAGUUUUUUAAAA